AUGUUAUUCUUCGCAGGUGGAGAAGAAAUCAACACGCUGCCAGUCGCUUUCCUGCUUGCAGCCGCACUGUUUCUGGCAUGGGUGAGAUGGAAAAGUCACAGCCGCUUGCAGAGUAUCCCAGGUCCAGCAGGGGCUUGGCCGUUCAAUAUCAGAUUCGGGCUUCCGCCCAGAGCACAUCAAGUCAUGCGUCGAUGGGCUCUGGAUCACGGCGAGCUAGUCCAGAUUCGCAUCGGAUGGUACAAUUGGGUGGUCAUCAACAGCCCUGAAGCGAUGAAGGAGAUCUUCGGCAGACAGUCUGCAUCGACCUCCUCCAAAGUACCUGCCCCGGUCGGGCAUGACAUUAUCACGGGAGGCAUGAGGAUGUUCACCAUGCCUUAUGGUACCAAGUGGAGGGCUUAUCGUACAGUCAUUCACCAGCUUCUGUCGCCAAAGAUGACAGAAACAUUCCUCCCUGCUCAAUUGGUCGAAAUCAGACACCUCGUUCGCGAUCUUGCGUGCACGCCGGCGCAGGAUAUCGAUCCUCAAGAUCACAUCCGGAGAAUGUCAUUCUCCUUUAUGAUGAUGGCGACGUAUGGUCGACGAAUCCCGAGUUGGGACCAUGAAGAUGUGCGGCACAUGCUGAAAGGGAGAGCAAUCCUGGGCAAGAUUUCUCGGCCUGGCUACUUCAUCGAGGAUGAGAUUCCUUUACUGGCUAUGCUACCUAGUUGGUUACAGCCAUCAAGAAAAGAGGCAACCCGGCUUGCUGUUCCCGUUCAUGCUGCAAAGAUGAGGCUAUGGAACAUUCUUCGAGAACAGCAAUGUAGUGGCACUGCUCCAGAAUGUUUUGGAAAGGAACUUUUGCAUCAGGAUUUGACAGCACACGGAUUGACUGAGAGUGAUGCUGCGUGGGUUGCGAGCGGACUAGUCGAGGUCGGCUCCGAAACCACGUCGAUUACUCUUUUGAAUUUGCUUCUAUACCUUGCAGCCAAUCCGACUUGCCAGACCAAAGCGAUGAAGGAGCUAGAUAACGUUGUCGGAGACGACAGACCGCCAUGCUUUGAGGAUAUUCCAAGAUUGCCUUACGUACGCGCUUGUGUGAAAGAAGUUCUACGAUUGAAUCCGAUUCCUACAUGGGGUGUCAAGCACUACACAGACAACGAUGUGGUUUAUAAAGAUUGGGUCAUUCCCAAGGGCACAGUGGUGUUGGGAAACACAUGGGCGAUCCACUACGAUCCUUCUCGAUACGCUGAUCCCGAGGCUUUUCAGCCGGAACGAUUUAUCAACCACGAGAAGUACUCUGCCGAGUACGCAGCAAUGGCAGAUCCGACACAAAGAGAGCACUAUGCUUUUGGAGCCGGCAGACGCAUCUGUCCCGGAUCUAGGUUGGCGGAAAAUACACUCAACCUGGCACUGGCACAUGUUCUUUGGUGUUUUCAAAUAGCUCCGCCUACCGCGAGCAAAGAGGUCGAUAUCUCUGGUGAUGCGUGGGAGGACACUGCAUUCCGACCUCCGAAACCAUUCAAAAUUCAGCUGAUGCCACGAAAUGAGAGGCGGCUUCAAUUGCUCAAUGAUUAG